AUGUCUGAUACUGUAUUCCAACAUUUCUUAUUACAGGGGAAACAAGAUCCAUUCUUAGUGGCUGAUCUGGGACAGGUGGUUUACAGGCACAGACUUUUAAUGCAGGAGUUACCCCGUGUUAAGCCUUUCUAUGCGGUAAAAUGUAACAAUAGCAAAGAAGUGCUUUGGACACUGGCGGCUCUGGGUACUAGAUUUGAUUGUGCCAGCAAGGUAAUGAAGGAUGGUGAAUAUGCCAUAUCCCGAACAUUAUGCUAUUCUAUGGCCAAUAAGCUCAUUCUUUGUUUUUGCAUGUCCACAGAGUGAGAUAGACCUGGUGCUAAGUAUCGGAGUACAAGCUGAUGAUAUUAUCUAUGCCAAUCCGUGUAAACAGGUUUCAUAUAUCCAACAUGCUGCCAGGCACGGAGUGCGCAAAAUGACGUUUGACUGUGAGUCUGAGCUGGUAAAAAUCGCAGAGUAUUAUCCGAAGGCUGAGUAAGUGUAAUAAGCUUAACGCUGAUUUUGUUAAUGUGUGACAAUCAGAUUACAUUGGGUUAUUCUCUAAAGCCCAAGCAGCCAGAAGAAUUUGUAGGACAAAGAUCUCAAACUCUGCCCUCCUGUCCCAGCUGCUGUGGGCCUACAAUUACCACAAAGUUAGCAGGUAGACUUGUGCAUGGCAAAGUUCUGCCCAAACUAUUUUUCAGAAAAUAGCUUCUUUUUUUUUCGGUAAGGUCAACUUUCACCCACAUGUUGGCUCAGCUCAAGAGUAUUGCAAUACUGAAAAACCUAUGUGGGAAACAAAUCAGAUGAACCAAAACAGAGCAAAAAUUGGCCAAUCUUUGUAUUACAAAAUAUACACAUAUAGGGCAGCACAAAACCAGGAUACACCACUGGUAACAUGUCCGGUGAGUAUGCUGGCUAUGCAAGAACUGGGAUGUUUUCAGCUUCCAGGAAUUGUGUACAGAUCCUUGCAACAUGGGACUGUGCAUUAUCAUGAUGCAACAUUAGGUGAUGGUCGUGGAUGAAUGGCACAACAAUGGGCCUCAGGAUCUCGUCACAGUAUCUCAUGCAGAUGAGCUUCUCUGAGACGGUUUCUGACAGUUUGGGCAGAAAUUCUUUGGCUAUGCAAGCCGAUUGUUGCAGCAGCUGUCCGGGUGGCUGGUCUCAGACGAUAUUGGAGGUGAAGAUGCUGGAUGUGGAGGUCCUGGGCUGGUGUGGUUACACGUGGCCUGCGGUUUUGAGGCCGGUUGGAUAUACUGUCAAAUUCUCUAAAACGCCUUUGGAGACUGCUUAUAGUAGAGAAAUUAGGGAUGUGCAUGGGGAAAAUUUUCGAUUCGGUUCAGCAUUUAAAUUCGGCACUUCGGAACGUCAGCAUUUCUGGACUUCUCUUGCAGCCACUUAGUAGAUAACAAAAAAAAUAAAUAAAAUACAAAGCCCUCCUCCCAAUACGCACGAGUGGGGGCUUUUAAACAGGGGGGGACCUAUUGCCCCCCUUCCCGGCCCCCACCCCUGAACGGCGGGUGGGGGCCCUAAAUCAGAAAAACGGGGGAGGGGGGGGACCUAUUGUCCUCCACCCCCCCCCCGGCACCCACCCCUGGGAGGAGGGUGGGGGCCCUAAAGUAACUCUCGGAUUGGUUACUUUCAAUCCACCAAGCAGAGUGUUGUUAUGAGUCAAAUUAUAUAGCGUGGAAAAAUUAUGAACUUUAAGAACUUUCCCACGCUGUGUAAAAUGACACAGAUCACUCUGGCUGGAUUUCAAGUUAAUCAAUCAGAGUGCUGUGACAGGUAAAUGUAGAGACUUACAUGUCAGUCCCUUCAUUUACCUGUCAGAGCACUCUGAUUGGAUGACUUAAACCAACCAGAGUGCUCUGAGCCUCAAUGGGUGAAGAUGGAUUUAUUUUUUUGUGCUCUGUUUUUUUUUUUUUCAAAGUGCGUCGGUUAUUAUGGAUUUUUAUUUAGCCUUUUUUGGGGCUUUAAAAAAGAUUUUAGAAGAAAGAAGACAUCAAAUGAUAAGUUUUAGUAGUUUUUUUUUUACAAGUACCUAUUUAUUGGUCCCCCCUCACUAUUUUUAGGGUGAGGGGGGUAGGUAGGGGUUAAUUUUUUCAGGAGGGGGGUGACUAGGAGUUUGGGGACCCCUAGUCACCUGGGGGGUUACAUUUUUAUUUAGGGCCCCCACCCGCCUCUCAGGGGUGGGGGCCAGGGGGGAGGACAAUAGGUCCCCCCGCUUAUUCUAAUUUAGGGGUGGGGGCCAGGGGGGAGGACAAUAGGUCCCCCCUUAUUGGUAUUUAGGGCCCCCACCCGCCGCUCUGGGGUGGGAGCUGGGUGGGGGAGGACAAUUUUAUAGCUGUUGAGAUUUUAAGUAACUCCCAUACUCAAUAAGUAUUUCUGUUGUCAAUGUGGGGGCUGUAAUAUAUUAGCACAUUUCACAUUACUUUUUUAUUGUUAAUCAAAUUUCUAUCAUACUACCAUCCUACAUUGUUCUUUCACCUACACAGGAUGAUUCUCCGCAUUAAUGUCGAUGACUCUGGAGCUAUGUGCCGCUUCAGCAGGAAAUUUGGAGCCUCAUUGAUAAGUUGUGAGCAUCUUCUGGAGACCGCAAAAAAUCUUAAUCUAGAUAUUAUUGGAGUGAGGUAUAUAAAAAAAUUCUACAUUUACAUUCCUUUUUAAGCAAAAGGUCAAGGAACAUUCAGAUUAGAACUUUGCAAACAAAUGUUUCACUUUACUAUGGAUGAAUUACAUGCUGCAAAGAAGUGAUCACUUGUGAAAUAGUGUAUUUUGGUGACUAAAGUACAUGCAUAGAAGUCUCACUGUCUUAAGGAUAUGCUACUAACAAAUGCCAACAAAAUGACUUUCUUUUUCAAAUUUCUAAUUUACAAAAUUACUUAAGCAACUUAUAGGUAAAUUCAGCUGAUAAAAUAGCUUGACUGCAUUGAGGUUUUGGAAAAUCUCUUACCUAUCUUUAGGUCUUUCCCCAUGUCCUAAACACUCACUCCAUUUUUCUCUCCAUAACCUCAUCGCUUCUGUUUCUCUCUCAUUGCCCCAGCCACCCACCCACAUGUCUCUUUUUUAAUGAAAAGUUUAUUGAAUUUUAUGAAAAUUAAACAUGAAGUGGGUACAGAAAAGAAAAUAGUGAUGGGGUAGAAAAUAUAGCAUAUUCGUGCAUAUACACCCUGUUCCAAAUUAUAAUGCAAAUUCUAUUUAAGUGUCACAAAGAUUAAAUAUUUUAAUUGGGUGAGCCCAAUUUAAGGAAAAACUACUAAAGGAGUGUGUUCCAUAUUAUUAAGCAGAGCACCAUUUUCAUGCAAUAUGGGGAAAAAAAAGGAUCUCUCUGCUGCCGAAAAGAGUGAAAUAGUUCAAUGCCUUGGACAAGGUAUGAAAACAUUAGAUAUUUCACGAAAACUUAAGCGUGAUCAUCGCACUAUUAAGAGAUUUGUGGCUGACUCAGAGCACAGACGGGUUUGUGCAGAUAAAGGCACAUUGAGGAAGAUUUCUGCCAGAUCCAUUCAUCGGAUCAAGAGAGCAGCUGCUAAAAUACCAUUACAUAGCAGCAAACAGAUAUUUGAAGCUGCUGGUGCCUCUGGAGUCCCACGGACAUCAAGGUGUAGAGUCUUGCAACUGUGCAUAAACCUUUUAUUCGGCCACCACUAACCAAUGCUCACAAGCAGAAACUGCUGCAUUGGGCAGAAAAAUACAUGAAGACUAAUUUUCAAACAGUCCUGUUCACUGAUGAGUGCCGUGCAACCCUGGAUGGUCCAGAUGGAUGGAGUUGUGGAUGGUUGGUGGACAGCCACCCUGUUCCAGCAAGGCUGCGACAUCAGCAAGGCGGUGGUGGAGUCAUGUUUUGGGCCGGAAUCAUGGGAAGAGAGCUGGUUGGCCUCUUUAAGGUGUAAAGAUGACUUCUGCAAAGUAUGUGGAGUUUCUGACUGACCACUUUCUUCCCUAGUACAGAAGAAAGAACUAUGCUUUCCGUAACAAAAUCAUCUUCAUGCAUGACAAUGCACCAUCUCAUGCUGCAAUGGCUGCUAUAUGGAUAAAAGGAGAGAAAGUCAUGGUGUGGCCUCCAUCCUCCCCUGACCUCAAUCCUGUUGAGAACCUUUGGAGCAUCCUCAAGCAAAAGAUCUAUGAGGGUGGGAGGCAGAUUACCCCCAAACAGCAGCUCUGGGAGGCUAAUCUGACAUCUUGCAAACAAAUUCAAGCAGAAACUGUCCAAAAACUGCUAUCAAAUAAAGGGUCCUAUGUUAAAAUGUAACUUGACCUGUUAAAGUGUUUAAAAAGUUCAAAUGUGAUUGAAAUAGCUUUUGAUUUCAGUAAAUAUGCUGCAAACACAACAAAUGACAAUUUUCAGUUCUUUACAACCUAUAAAGUGUUUUGAAACUUACUGUGCGUAAUAAUUUGUAACAGUGCUGUGGCGGAACCAACCUCGCCACUAUCCACUGGAGAAGCCUGGUUGCUCGCCUGCUCCCUUUAGACUAUGGCCGGGCAGUUCAGACCUGUUAUUUUCCCUGCUGAAAGGUUUAUUCGUGCCUUUCUGCCAGGGUGUUCGGUAGAUUUCAUCUACCGAACGAUGGACCACCUGGGAACUGGAGUGUGCUGUCAAUUGACUGCCCAGAAGCUGCGGUUAACCGCAGCUUAAUUGAUGAACGCUGGGUGGCCUUUGUUCGGCUGCCGAACACGUGGCAGCGGCCAUUUUACCUCCCGAACGGCCAGCGGUGUUCAGCGCCCAAACUAUGGAACUGAAAACGGACACUUAUUGGCGCGAACACCGCUGAGCCGCCAGCCUCCUUACCUUCUCAUUCGGUAGCGGAACCGAAUGACUGUUCAUUCGGUAAUUUAACCGGGUGAACAGCAUCACCCCAGAUAGCUAAGCCAUGGAGCCUGUUCAUGUAAUGAAAGACUAUGUGAAAGACUUUUGGCUCCAUGGCGAUUGAAAUUUAUGUAUGUGAUCUGAGCGCCAUUCGGUAGUAAUGUCCGCUCAGAUCUAAGCUAUCUGGGUAUAUGUAGAAUGUCUAUGUUUUAUGUAGUAAAUGUAACUGUACGUAAUUUUAUGUCUUUUACUGUCUUUUUACUACCAUGUGGUUAAUGGAGUUUUUGGUCUCUGUCCUUGGAGAUAAUUGGAUUACUUCCCAAUUAUCUCCAGGACAGAGAGGAGGGAUUGUGAUGCACUGUGGGAUGGUUGAAAUGUGUAAGUCUGUGAUUGGUCCCUUUGUGUCCCAGUCUCCCAUUUGGUCCCCUAGGGGAGUGUCCACCAGGUGGGAGACCUGCAUAAAAGCCGGGCAGUUACCCCAGUAAACCAGAUUCUGCUUGACCCUCAAAACGAAGUGUCGUCUCGUCUUUGGGGGGAUUUACUGUAUGCUGCUAGAGACUGAUUGCCAGGAGUGUAAGCCGCUUGGGGGCCUUUCCUGUUCGUCUGCUAGCAGCUAUUCGUGUGUCUCCAGUUCAGGAGUUGGGUGUGCUACUUGGUAUGCAGUUCGGGAGUUUCGAGUAUUCCCUUGUUUCCAGUUCGGGAGUUGGUGAAUUCGUGGGUUUGCAGUUCGGGAGAUUGGUUCUUGCAGUAGCUGUCUGUGCAGCUGGGAAAGGGAACCGCUCGUGGGCGAAAACGGUCCGUUACAAGUGCAUUGUAAGUUUUUUAUGUUUAAAAAAAAUACUGUUCUCAUUAGGAGGUUUGUUCAAUAAAAUUUAAAUUGUACUCUUAAUAGUUGAUAACAUGAGAAUUAUGCUGACUGUUAUUUACAUCAAUUAUUUAGGUAAAUGAGAAAAAUAUAAUUUGCAUAAUAAUACAGUAAUGCAAAUACAGUAAUAAUAUGACAGACAUUGCAAGUGUCACAGGCACUGAUUACAAAGAGUAGCAAGUUGUCAGUUGUCCCUAAUGCCUGAUUGUGCUCAAGGAUACCUCUAUGUUGAUUAGUUCCGUAUACCAUGUAUUACCUGGAGCUAAACAUCUCCACUCACAUCCCUCAAUCCCUGAUUUGUCAGCCAUUCCUUCUCUAAAUCUGGGCCAUCAGUUUUUUAACUUUAAGAGAAUGGGAAGGCAGCAGCUCAAAUACAUAAUUGAGCUGUAUUCUUACUUUAUUUCUGCAAGGCUAGGGAUAACCAAAGACUUCCAGUUACAGGUAAGAAUGCUUCUAGCUGUAACAUAUUCAUCCUCACCUUGCAGUAUCUGCAGUAAUUGCCUUCCUAACAAAUACUAAAGUGCCGUUCAGCGGCCAUGCAUCAAUGUAUCUGACUCCUGCAGCAUGUUGGUGGACGGCGGCCGCUGCGGAUCCAUGCCAAUUUUUAGACCCACGUCCGCCCAUGGUAUUAACGACGUCGGUGUGUGUGAUGUCACAUAAAGGACACACACGUUCUGGGGUCAAAGGCCGGGUACAGCCAAUCGGAUCUGAAGGAGGCUUAUUUAAACUCCUUUUGCCUUUUCUUCAAUGCCCUGUAAUGGUUUCCCUUAGUGGUUGUCCGAGAGUGUGUUCCUGAGCAUUUAUUUCUGGUUAUUGACUUCGGCUUUGUUUUGACUUCACUGUUUUCUGGUAUCCUGGACAUUCUGUGUCCCCGACCUCGGCAAGUAUUCUGACUAUUCUCUGGUAUGUUAAGUCCGGCCAUUCUAAGGCCCGGUAGUACGUGCUCAAAUUUGAAACCCAUAAACACAUAAUGCAGAAAAAAACAAUAAUGUGUGAGCGCUAUAGAAUAUAACACAUUCGGUAUGGCAGCACUCCACCCCAGUGAUACAGAAGUAUGCACAGAAUACAGAUAAAUGUUUACCAAAAAGAGCGCGCUAAACUGAUGAAUAGGAUAUGUAACUUUUAAAACACAUAGAAUAGUGCAGACUAUCUCAACCAAAAUAUGUAAUGGGGUGGGAGGGAGGGAACUCACAUUUACCAGAGCCCUAUCACCCCUGGCUCUGGGUUUGAAAUGCUUGACUGGAGAGGGAAUACUUCCACACUGAUGGGGUGAUAGGGCUCUGGUAAAUGUGAGUUUUUCCACCUACCCUCCCUCCCCUAUUACAUAUUUUGGUUCAGAUAGUCUGCACUAUUCUAUGUGUUUUUUAUAUUUACAGAUUGUAGCAGAGAGCUGGUCUCCCACAGCCUAUUUCCGCUGGUAUCCUAGAAUAGCUCAGGAACAAGUAAUAAAUACAAUAGAGUAGCAGGCACCAUCAGCAAUAUAAUCCAAUAAUAUUCCAUCACUUUUCCCAAUAACUGGAUGACACACAGUAGCAGAACUGAUCUUUAAUCACACAACCCCUGCUUUUAUGCAUUCCUCCCAUGCAAGGGAGACACCCACCAUAAUUAUUACAAUAACCAAUCGGGUACAAGGUACAACCCACACAUCUCCUCCCCUCAGAUAAACAUUUAACAUAAUUAAAAAGGUACACAAUUUUACCCAAGUUCUAGAAGUACCCCAAAUACAUAAGGUACACCCCUAAAUAGCCCUGAUCUGGGUGAGCAACAUACUCAAAAAUCACCCAGAUCGGACCAGGGGUUCGGGAGUUAUGUAGGUGUAAAAUUUUUACAGACCGCAACGGCAACAGUAGCCAAAAACAGUUCCAUGAGUUUUGGCCUUGCGGUCGGUCUCUUUUUGUGUCUAAAAAGUCCUGAACUUAAUGCCAUCCAGAGCUGUGUUUGCAUUCGGAUGAAUCCACUUGUUCGUGGGAUUCAAACUACCGAACGGCAGGCCGUUCGGGAGUUUCUAUCAGUCUCUUCCAUAGCUCUGGAGGUCUCAGCGGUGUUCGCUUAGUCGAGUGUCCUAUUUUAGUUCCAGACACUCGAUGGCAAAACACCGCUGUUCGGGGAUGUUUAAGAUGGCCGUGUUCGGCUCCCGAAAUGGCGGCCACCCAGGGACUUUAACAACGAGUUUGUGCUUUUCAAUGGGAAAUUCAAUGAAGCGAACAGGGAGGUUAAUUGAAGUAACACUUGUGCAUCAAGGUGGUCCGGUGUUUGGUAGUUUGUGUUCGUAUGGUGAAUAAAGCAUGUGGCGAAACCAACCUCGCCACUGUGAACUGGAGAAGCCUGGUUGCUCGCCUGCUCCCUUUGGACUAUGGCCCUGCAGGUUAAACCUUUUAUUUCCCCUGCAGAAAGGCUUAUUUGUGUGAUCUGAGUGCCAUUCAUCUAAUAAUGUGCACUCAGAUCCCAGCUAUCUGGGGAUAUGUGAAAUGUCUGUGUGUUAUGUGUAAAUGUGACUUUAUGUAUUUUAAAGUGUUUUGUGUCUUUUUGCAACCAUGUGCUUAAUGGAGUCUUGUGUCUGUCCUGGGAGAUAAUUGAAUUACUUAUCUCCAGGAUAGAAGACUCUGAAACUGGUUUGGGCCAGAAAGCCAUGCUUCAUUUAGUCACAAAGGACUUUCCCUUAACUUUUGAACCCCUGGUCUGAUUCGUGCCAUUUUUUAAUAUGUUGUUCCCUGAAUGGAUUGAUUAUGAAAAUGUAUGUUUUAUGUUUGUGACAUGUAUAUUUUAGAAGUUAUAAAUAUUGUGUAAAAACUGUAUUCCUCUGCCGGUGAUAAUGAGAUUACCCAUUGUGUUCAGUAAUCAUAUCACCUGCAGAGGGGAGGAUUUUGUGUGGGAGUGUCUGGGUGUAUUGUACGGAUUGAUUGGUUGUUUUGUAACGCCCUGUGGGCUGUACUAUGUUUGUGGAUUGGGAAUAAAAGAGACUGUAUGUGACAGUACAGGGAGUUCCUGUUUUAACCCUCAAAGUGAAGUGUCGUCUCAUUAUUGGGGAAGGAUUUAUUGUAUGCUGUUCCAGUUUGACUGCUAGGAGAGUAAACCUAUUCGUAUGGUUCCUAUUCAACUGUCUACAGCAUUCUUAUGCUUGAGAGAAGGUAUACGCUUCUCUGGUUCGGUGAUUGUGGUGUCUGCUGCAGUGCUUGGAGUCCUCAGGAAGCGCUAGGAGCAUCUUUCAAUGGAGGUAUCCAGUCGGGGUGCCAGGUGAUCCGUUACAAAGCAUUUCAGUCCAGUUUAUGGGAACAAUUAGACGAACGUUUUAAUUCACAUGAAAGUCUAUGGGGAAAACAAUGGAAGGGGAAUAUGCUGGACAGCCAGGUGGAUUUUGCUACACAGAUCCUAUUAAUCAGUUUAGUGCGCUCUUUUUGGUAAACACAUAACAAUGCAGGCAUACUGACCUAGAGCAGGAGAUAAUACAACCCUAAUGUUUCGGCAUCUAGCCUUCCUCUGGGGGGAUCUCUAACAAAAUGGUCUUGAGAGAUCCUCAAGAGAGUUGUGUAAACCAGACUGACUGACUCUCUCAAAUCCAACUCUCUGCUUGACCCCCUUCAGUCUGGAUUCCGCACUGGUCAUUCUGUCGAAACGGCUGUGACCAAAGUAUCCAACGAUUUAAUUGCUGCUAAAUUUCGCGCCCAUUACUCUAUCCUAAUUUUCCUUGAUCUUUCUGCUGCCUUUGACACUGUUGAUCAUCAACAUCUUCUCCACAUUCUCCAUAAUCUUGGUCUAUGGGAAACUGCUCUCUCCUGGUACUCCUCCUACCCAGGGCCAGCCUUAGGCUUUUGGGCGCCCUGUGCGAAAAAUCUUCACAGUGCCCCCCCCUGCCCUCCUUAACCCACUUCCCACACACCCUGUCACACACACACGAAGACAGCCACACGCACACACAGACAUAGAAACAUAGAAUGUGAUGGCAGACAAGAACCAUUCGGCCCAUCUAGUCUGCCCAGACAGUCACACAUAGGCAGUGACACACACACACACAGGCAGACAGUCACAGGCAGACAGUCUCGCAGACAGUCACAGGCAGACAGUCUCACAGACAGACAGACAGACACACAGGCAGACAAUCAUACACACAGGCAGACAGUCAAACACACAGACAGUCACACACCCACACAAAAAAGGGCAGACAGUCAUACACACAGACACAGUCAGACACACAAACAGUCACACAAUCAUACACACAGGCAGACAGUCAAACAGUCACACACACAGGCAGACAGUCACACACACAAAAAAGGGCAGGCAGUCACACACACAGGCAGACAAUCACACAGGCAGUCACACACACACACACACACAGACAAUCACACAUAGUUACCUCUGUUCCUUGUGGAGGCAGACAGAUAGUACAGCUCCUGGAUUCGGGUUGUUGGGGGAAGAAGGAACUCCUUCCUGCUUCCCCUGCAGCAGUUACACAGAAAUUUUAGCUCCACCACACCGCAGGGUAAGCCCCACCGAAUGGUAAGCUCCGCCCCAACUGGACUUUUUUUUUUUUAGCCCGGCCGGCCAUGUGUGAGCUAUGUCGGCCACACGGCGCCCCCUGCUUUAUGGCGCCCUGUGCGGCCGCACAGCUCGCACACGCCUAAGGCCGGCCCUGCUUCCACCUCUCCCAGCGCUCUUUCAGUGUUUCUGACUCUGCCUCUUCCCCCCCCAAACCACUCUCUGUCAGCAUCCCCCAAGGUUCUGUCCUUGGUCCCCUACUGUUCUCUAUCUACACUGCCUCCCUCGGUAAACUCAUCAGCUCCUUUGGCUUCCAUUAUCACUUCUAUACAUAUGACACACAAAUCUACCUGUCCACUCCUGAUCUCUCUCCACCCAUCUUGACUCGUGUCUCUGACUGCCUCUCUGCGAUUUCCAACUGGAUGGCUACUCACUUCCUUAAACUCAACCUGUCCAAAACAGAACUUCUGGUAUUUUCUCCCUCAAGUGCUAUCACUCCCCUGUCUGUCUCCCUCCAAGUCAACGGCACUACCAUCACCUCUACCUCGCAGGCUCGCUGCCUUAGUGUUGUUUUUUUACUCCAACCUCUCCUUCACCCCUCAUGUCCAAUCAAUUGCCAAAUUCUGUCACUUCCAUCUCAAAAACAUAGCGACCAUCCGCCUUGUUACGGCUCCCCCGGAAGGAGAGGGGUUACUGCCGUAUAGGACGUUCCCUUAACGAAUGCAGAGGUAGCUACUGAGCGCUCCAAACUGCCGAACAGCAAUCACACUAACCCGUUGGUCUCCAAAACAGCCGAACAACAAUCACACGAAUCAGUCAGUCUCCCAAAUAGCCGAACAAGCAUAAUCCAUACGAAUAAUCCCCCCAAUGACGAGACAAAGCUCCGUAUUGAGGGUCAGCAGGAAUCUGAUUUAAUGUGGACUACAUGCCCGGUAUUUAUGCUGGUCUCCCAUCUGGUGGACACUCCCCUAGGGGACCAAGUGGGAAACUGGGACAAGGACAUUGUAGCCAUUCACCUUUUAUUACCCAGGACCCUCUGCUCUGCCCGGGAGAUAAUUGUGAAGUAACACAGGACAAAAGCCAAACGCCAUUUUAGAUGACAAGGACAAAAAGGCAUUAAAAUACAUAACUGUUCAAUAUAAAAACAUAACAUAGGCAUUCAACAGGUCCCCAGAUAGCUAGGAUCUGAGCGCACAAAACAGAAUAAUGCUAAGAUCCUAUGUACACAGUCCAAUCGCCGUGGAACCAAAGUGUUCACAAAGUCUGUUCUCCAUACGAAUGGGCUCCACGGCAUGGCUAUUUGUGGUAUGGUUUAUAUGUUCACAAAGUACCGAACAGAGGGACGUUCACAGAUUUCUACCGAAGGAGAAGGGAGGUCGGCGGCUUCAGCGGUGUUCGUGCAAAAAGUGUCCGUUUUGAGUUCCAUGAGUUGGCCGUCAAACACCACUGAGCUUUUGUGGAUUUAAAAUGGCUGCGUUCUCGUGUUCUGUAUACGAAUGGCGGCCACCCAACUACAGCAUCAAUUAAGAGGUGUCUGCGGUUAACCUCAACGUUCUAAUGGGGCCAAGAGGUUAACUAGCAGCACACUUCUCUACUGGGUGGCCGGCCGUUCGGGAGUUUUAUUCAGUAGUUUAAAAGGGAACGGUCUAGAGUCCACAUGAACGGGAAAACACAAAUUAAACGAACGAAUGAAGAAUAAGUCUCUGUAAGUUCAAGACAGAGAGAUCUGUCACACGCCCCUAUUUAACUCCAGCUGCAGCUAAGGUGUUGGUCCAUGCUGUUGUUCUCUCUCGUCUUGACUACUGCAAUCCCGUUCUCAGUGGUCUUGCGUGUUCCCAGAUUGCACCACUGCAAUCCAUAAUGAAUGCGGUAGUGAGGCUCAUUUUUCUGUCGGCUCGCAUCUCCCACGCCUGCCCGCUUUGUCGGUCUCUGCAUUGGCUUCCUGUUAGAUAUAAGGCUCAAUUUAACAUUCUGGUGCUUGCUUACAAGUCCCUACAUAAUGCUGCUCCAACCUACGUAUCCUCCCUAAUACACAAGUAUGUCCCGUCGAGUCCCCUACCCUCUGCCAAAGACCUACGUAUAUCUUAUGUCCAUACUACCACCUCUAAUGCUCGCCUCAAAGAUUUCUCCAGGGCUGCAUCUCUUCUGUGGAAAGACCUUCCCUUCCCAGUCUCCACUCAUACAAAAAAUAAUUGAAAACUCACUUCAUUGAAUCAUUGAAGCAUUGAAAACUCACUUCAUUGAAUCAUUGAAGCAUUGAAAACUCACCCAAGAAAGCAUAUCAUUUAAACUGUUAGCAGGUUUUUAUCCCCCAUCCCCCAUAACUCCUCUCCUGCAACAGUCAAAAAUUACCUACUAAGGGGGCGGGGCCGGACCGCCAUGCUGAGAGGUCGCAUACAAGACGAGCUCCUGCAGAAAAGCGACAUUAAUGCCGGUCAAAAGCGAAUAAUAUACCCAUCUGCAGUGUAGAAGCAGCGGUCCUGCGGGCAAAGAGGCACUGGCGCUGAAGUCACUCUGACCACAAGCGUUCUAACCCCUGAGAAGGCACAUCGGCAUAGCUGCAUCUGAGGCCUACCCGGGCGGUGAGUAAGGUGGACGGCCGCCGCCUUGCUAUCCUGCCCCGUGGUUUCCCUUUGGAACUCUGAUGCCACGCAAUACAGGCCUCGUUUCCCCCCCCCUUUGGACCGGUGGGGGUUAUCCCGGUCCCAGGAGACUGUCCCCAUGACCCGCAGCACCUAAGUCACAGAGGGCCCCCAUAACCAAAAUGGCGGUAGUGGCAGGCAGACCUGAAAUGGCGGGACAGCCAGAGACCACCAUGUCACAGCAGAUCAGAAGUCUCAAGGCUAUACUGAUGGUUGAAAAGCAAAAGGGCUCAUUAACACAGCUAAAUCACCACUUACUGACCUACAAACAUGUUGGAUUUCAGGCUCCUGCGGCAAAGUACAGUCGAGACCUGCUACCCAGUCCCUCACCAAGCAACACUGAUAACCCUACCGACCUGCAUGACACUCCUGCGUUCCAGCUGCCUCCCAGGGAGGAACGGGCAGAAGCAAGACAUCACACACUGGGAGUGCACUCACCUCUCUCAGCACACAUCAUGCUGGACUCACUCCUGACAUGCCACAGGUUUUGCAGAUCGGGGGUUGGAUAAGCCUGCACUGUCUGGAGGACUCUCUCAAAGUCUGGGCUGCAUUCAGCGGACAUGGCUCCUGGCAGCCCUGCCAUCUAUACAUCCUGAUGUACUCUCUCUACACUCUAAGCAGUUAAAACUACUUGCAUAGUCUAAGCUUUUUUCACCUACUCUCCUAUUAAUUUAGCUCAGCAUUAAGUUUCUCAUGUCAUAAAUCACUACAAUUGUGCUGUUUAUCAUAUAUGCAAAUCCAGCACUGCAACUGUUCUAAUAUAUCUUGAACAUUAACGUUUUACCUACUCUGUGUUUUACUACUCAUUCCUGUCGUCAUUAUACAAAAAUGUAUGUCACUCCCUUAUGCACAAUUAGGCACAAUCAUAUUAAUGCCUAGCUAUUACUGCGAUGAUACUCUACAUAAUAAGCAUAACUUAUAUAUAUUCACAAAGCAUGUUAAACUUAAGAGUUAUAGGACUAGCCAAGUAUAAUGCUACUAGCUGCUGAGACAUAAAGGCUUUUCUGGUAAAAAAAAAAAAAAAAAAAAAUUACCUACUAAGCUCUCAGUGAAUACUUUUCUAACAACCUACUUUGUACCCCUACUUUUACCCUUUGUUUCACUCUAGAAUGUAAGCUCAUUGAGCAGGGCCCUCUACCUCUCUGUUCCUGUACGUCCAGUUGUCUGGUUACAAUUACAUGUCUGUCAGUCCACCCAUUGUACAGCGCUACGGAAUGUGAUGGAGCUAUAUAAAUAAUAAAAUAAUAAUCUAAUUAUUAGAAAACUACCACUAGCUGACUGUGUGUAAAAGACAUGUAUAUUUCAUAUGUUCUCACAUAUUACUAAUUCAGACACACUUAGCUCCAAACAAUAGGACAGUGUGAACUAGAUACUAGAGACACAUAUAAGAAUUUCCAAGAAGAUAUACUACCUACUAGUAAUUCAUUUUACUUCGAGCGAAAUCUAUAUAAAUGCAAGACCCUAAUGUAAGACGCGAGUUGAACCAAAGGCCAGAUGCAUCAAAUAUAUACUUUUUGGCACGAAAAAGCUAAUAGUCUACUGUAACGGAUCACCUGGCACCCCGACUGGAUACCUCCGUUGAAAGAUGCUCCUAGCGUUUCCUGAGGACUCCAAGCACUCUGGCAGACACCACAAUCACCGAACCAGAGAAGCGUAUACCUUCUCUCAAGCAUAUGAAUGCUGUAGACAGUUGAAUAGGAACCAUACGAAUAGGUUUACUCUCCUAGCAGUCAAACUGGAACAGCAUACAAUAAAUCCUUCCCCAAUAAUGAGACGACACUUCACUUUGAGGGUUAAGCAGGAACUCCUGUGCUGGCACACCCAGCCUGGUUUUUAUUACAGUCUUUCACAUACAGGACCGCCCACAGGGAGGUAUAAAACAACCAAUCACAUAUCAGUUACAUCCCACAUAUUCCCUCCCCUUAUCCUGAGAGGAAACUCAAUUACACAUACAGUUAAAACAUACUUUCUACCAACUUUCAUAACUCUAAAACCAUACAUCACAUUCACAUAAAAUUACAUAUUCACAAUCAAUCCAUUCAGGGGAACAACAUAUUAAAAAAUGGCACGAAUCAGACCAGGGGUUCAAAAGUUAAGGGAAAGUCCUUUGUGACUAAAUGAAGUAUGGCUUUCUGGCCCAAACCAGUUUCAGAGUCUUCUAUCCUGGAGAGUAAUUCAAUUAUCUCCCAGGACAGACACAAGACUCCAUUAAGCACAUGGUUGCAAAAAGACACAAAACACUUUAAAAUACAUAAAGUCACUUUUUACACAUAACACACAGACAUUUCACAUAUCCCCAGAUAGCUGGGAUCUGAGCGCACAAAACUACCGAAUAGCGCUCAGAUCCUAUUCACACAGUUCAAUUGCCAUGGAGCCGAAGUCUUUAACUACACGAAUGGGCUCCAUGGCAUAGCUAUCUGGUUAACACAUUCACAUAAAGUCUGGUCCAUAGUCCAAAGGCAAGAGGCGGGCAAGCAGCCCCCUCCAAGGACAUGUGGCGAGGCCGGUUUCGCCACAUCUACUAUACAUUUUAAGUGUGACAGGCAUCUAUGAUGAAGUAGCUAUAAUGAUAGCGGAUUUCUAUGUAAUUUCUGUCAUUAAUAACACCAUCUACUGAUUAACAUCUAUAAACACAAUCAUUAGAAUAAGGUAUACUCACCUAAUCCCAUUGGUCACUUUAAAAAGAUCACAUGAAAGAAUUAGAGAUACAAAUUUUUUUUAAAGUGAGAACACGUGAGAAAAAGUGAGAAAUUCAGGCUGCAGCUGAAUGGGAGUUAUGUAUGAUUUACUGGUAAUUUGCCAAAUUUAGCAUAUCAAGCUAUUAUCCAGAGAUAUUGACAUAAGUUAAUAUUUCAUCAGAAAGUUAAAUAUCUGCAGCAAGGCAAUUUUAAGGCUUAAAAAUCUUCUUUUGGUUAUUGGAUGGUAAUGAAUAGUAAUGUUGACUAUCUGUAAAUUGAACUGUUGAAUCUUCCCAUGCGUGGUGUACCAUUCCCCAUAUCUCUCUAUGCUCUCAAUACUGACUAUUCUUUCCACAUUCCUUUGUAUUUGUCCCCUCUUCUACAUCUCCUUAACCCCUUAAGGGACCACACUUCUGGAAUAAAAGGGAAUCAUGACAUGUCAUACAUGUCAUGUGUCCUUAAGGGGUUAAAGUAUCUGAAGAAUGGCCUUAUUUCAUCAUUAGAGAGACCUGGGUGUUUCCUCCAGCUAGGCCUCUUCAUAUACACAGUGUUGUAUGUAUGUGGUGGAGAUAUCUAUAUCCCUGCCUGCCUGUCGACCACUAGGUCGUGGAUGCAAGGAACAAACAAGUCCCUCUUACAACAUUGUACCAGCACAAAACAAUAGAGGGCAUGAGGACUGAACUGCAGCGACACUGCAACUAACCAAUGUCAGCUCUGGAUUUUGUGUAUAUAAUAUAUUAAAAAAAAAAAUCUACUGGCAAAUAUGGAUAAAUAUACUUAAAUCAUUACGUUUUCUCACAUGGCUUGGGCUUCUCAGAGAAUAUUCUGUGUUCCUGUAUAUAGAGUCAAUUGCUGAAGUGUUCCCUGGUUCAGCUGUUUUUUUUGCAAACAAUACAAAGUAUAGGAAUCUCACUGGAAACUUUGAUUGCUAUGACCCUGUUCCAUGAAACCAAAUUCUCAAACCUGUGACAGUUUUAAUUUGUGGUAGUCAACAACAAUCUUUCACAAAUCUUCAACAGCUUUCAUAUAGGAUCAGCAGCCAGGAACCCCCAAGCAUUUGGCCAGGCCAUUAAGGAUGGCAGAAGUGUGUUUGAUAUUGGAAACAAGUUGGGUCACAAGAUGAGACUCUUGGAUAUUGGAGGGGGGCUACCUGGAAACCCUUCUUGUCAACCCUCAUUUGAAGAGGUAAGAACUCAUAGUGAAGACAGAAUCAGGACAAUUUACUUGUCACUUAUGAAGAAAGUUUGUAAUUGUUUCAUCUGUAAUCUAAUAAUACUUUCUCUUAUUCUCACUUUAGUUUGCAGUUGUGAUAAAUAAAGCUUUGGAUCAGUAUUUUCCAAUGGAGAAAGGUCUAGAGAUCAUUGCAGAGCCAGGAAGAUAUUAUGUGACCUCUGCUGGCACACUUGCCCUCAAUAUUGUAACUAAGAAAGUGGUGAAUGAGAAAGGUGUGUGGUAUGGUUGGGGGGUCAGAUAUGCCCCUAAAGGAAAGAAAAAAUACAGAUUGUUUUUAAAAUAGCUAUUGGUCCUAAAAUUAACGGAUAAACUUGUUAAAAUAAAAUUAUUUGGAGAUUAUUACAAUAUGUUACUAUGAUGCUUAAAGUAUCCCUUUUAGAUGCCUUUUGGUUUUGGUCUUAUAUGCAUUCUGGUAAUUCGUACACAUUAGAAACAAAAGCAAUCCUACAUUUUUAACUUCCACAAGGCACCUCUACAGAAGUUUAGUCAUGCAUUAUCACAUUAUAAAACAAACUAUAAAUAAAUAAGACUGGUCCCAUGCCAGAACUCAAUCUAAGGGAUCUUGUUCUACUGUGGACUACUCCUAAGGAUCCGGUGAGCGGUAUCAUAUUUGGAUUUGUAGGUCUAUGUAGCUGGAUUCCACCCCAUUAUGUCAGACUCAAAGACCUUUGAGUAUGACAUUUUGCUAAAACCACUAUGGAACCCUAAGUCAUACACAUAUCACUCAUAGCCCCAGCUCAGGUGGCACAUAACUUACAAGCUUGGGUAGUCCACCUAACAUGCCAGGAUCUCAAGUAGGGACUGCCUCAAAAGACCACAAGCAUCCCUGCCAGCACUUCCUGUUGUCCUUCUGGAAAGAACAAUGGUACAUCUAAUAAACACAAGACACUAAAAGGUAUAGAUUCACUCUAUAGCUUGAGUGGAUUUCAAAUAAUUCACUAAGAAAUACUACUUUUAUUGAGUAGAUAAAUACACCAUCUUUACAAGACCAUUACCACCAGCUGCAUACACUCACUAUACUUACAGUUUCAAACACAAUACAUUAUAGGCAGAAAAAUACAGUUGCAUCUAUACAAGAUAUAUGCAAAAUAUACAUAUAUGUAAGAUAUAGGGCUUAAUUUAAAAUUCUGGUUCUUGCUUUCAAAUCUCUACAUAAUUCUGCUCCAAACUAUCUAUCCUCCCUAAUACACAAGUAUGUCCUGUCUAGGCCCUUACGCUCUGCUGAAAACUUACGUCUAUCUUCUGUCCGUACUCCCACGUCUGAUGCUCGCCUUCAAGACUUUUCGAGGGCUGCACAUUUCCUGUGGAACUCACUUCCCUCCUCCGUUAGAUGCUGAGCAAGUCUUUACUUUACCAAGAUAUGAUUUUUAGAAAUUUUUAUGCCUACAAUGUCCAGUUAAUAUAGUCAUUAAACUAACAUUAUCUGCCUUUUUUUUUUCUGCGGGAGCAUGGGGAUGCCUUUGAAUUCUGUGCCUACAGGGAUCUGACAUAACCGGCCCUGCAUAAAAUGCAAUUUAAAAUCAGUACUACAUUUAGGAGGAGCAAUUAAUAACCUUAAUUUGCCCAAUAGCAAGAUAGUGAUAUCAAGUCACUUCCAGGAGUUGAAAUGAAAAGGAAAACAAAAAACUGCAAGUAGUAAAACCAAAUUUCUCACUUUUUGUGCAUUUAGCAAUGAUACCAUUUAAUUGUGGUUCAAAAGAUACAUAGAGGGAUAGUUUUAUGUGAUUGUAGUAUCAACUUUAUUGAAAGUAGUCUCUAAGGUUACAAAGCUUUUUUUCCAAGUAAAGGUAUUUUUCCAAAGGGUAUGUAUUCUUAAAGCAGCUCUGUCACCCCUUGAAAAAAAAAAGUGCUGCUUCAAGGCAGCCUGUCAAACUAGCUUGCCCACAGCCCCCCAAUCUCCAUAAGACACUCCAUUUUAGUCAACUAAGUCCCCCAGUAUUAAAAACAAAUUUGGCACAAAGAAAAGCUCGAUGCGUGUUUCGGAGUGCUUCCACGCCUUUGUCAAGAGCUGUUGACAAGCAGCAGUUGGAGAUAGAGAGAACACUUUUGUGCUAAUAGUUUCAGUCUAUAGGAGGUUUUUUCAAGUUCAGGUGUAGUAGCACUGUUCCCAGGGCCGGACUGGGGAUACGAAGCAGCCCUGGAAAAAAGCAGAUGUGCGCACACACACACACAGAGGUAGACAGUCACUGACACCCAGGCAGACAGUCACUGACACCCAGGCAGACAGCCACACACACACAGGCAGACAGUCAUUGACACUGAGGCAAACACCCACACAUACAAAGACAGGCAGACAGCCACACACUCACACACAGGCAGACAGUCACACACACACACAGUCACACACACACACAGUCACACACUCACAGACAGUCACACACUCACAGGCAGUCACACACAGUCACACACAGACAGUCACACACUCACACAGACAGUCACACACUCACACAGACAGUCACACACUCACACAGUCACACACAGACAGUCACACACUCACACAGGCAGUCACACACUCACAGGCAGUCACACACAGACAGUCACACACACACAGAGACAGUCACACACUCACAGGCAGUCACACAGAGACAGUCACACACUCACAGGCAGACACACAGAGACAGUCACACACUCACAUAGAGACAGAGACAGUCACACACAGAUAGUCACACACUCACAUAGAGACAGUCACACACAGACAGUCACACACUCACACUCACACACUGACCUCCUUCUUCCCUCCUGCUUGCAGCUCCUGGAGGCUGGUUGUUGGGGAAGCAGGGACUCCUACCUGCUUCCCAUGCUGCAGUCAGCCAGGCCCCCGCCGCACGCUAAGCCCCGCCCCCGCCGCACGCUAAACCCAGUUAGCCCCGCCCCCGUCGCACUAAGCUCCGCCCCCGCCACAAUUUUAUUUUUUUUAAUGAUCCCGGCCGGCCGUGUGUGAGCUGUGCCGGCCGGCUCCCCCUGCUCCCAUGGGGCUCUGUGCGGCCGGAGCUGUCAGCCCAAUGAUUAGGGCUGUCAGACCGGCCCCAGGUGCCGCGGCCCACCGGGAAAUUUCCCGGUAUCCCGGUGGGCCAGUCCGGCCCUGACUGUUCCUUGUGUUGGCGGUGGGCGAUUUUCUACCUGUAGGUGAUAUAUAUUUGAAGAUUCACCUCAUUUACCUCGCUAAGCACCUGCUUAUUAUUUUUACUCUUUAUGGCUACACAGUUUAGUGUCUUUAAACUACCCUGAUAACCCUCCACUCAAAUAUACAUGGCUCUGCCUGUUCUCUUAUACCCUGCCUAAUCAAUGAACAUUAUGACUCCCACUACACUGCCCCCUCUCCGGUGCACUCUGAGAUAAACAGGAGGUGUGCACAUGUGGAACUUGCAACAUUGCUAUCUAAAGUGUAGCACAGUGGUAGUCAACCUUUUUCUACCUACCGCCCACUAAUGCAUCUUUUUGGUUGAAAAAAUGUCCUUACCGCCCACCAGUUUUCGCGCAAGUGAGGAAUUAUUUUUUAGAAAGGAGGGUGUUUUAAAAAAAAUAAAUGUACGUACAUUUAUCUUUUUAUUUCUACUUAAUGCAUGUUUAUAAUGUUUUUAACUUUAUAAAGUUUAAUGAGAAAACAAUAAAGUAAAUUGAAAUUACCUUUACUAGUGAUUAAUGGGAUCCUUGAGGUUGAUUCUGCGAGACUAAAUUUUCUGGUUUGAUUUUCGUAAGGAACAAACGAAGGUCUCCUCUUUCGGUGAUAUUCAGACGAUUUCUCUGUUUGCGCAUAAUAUGAUUUCUCAUCUGUGCGUCAGCUCCACUCUUCUCCCUCCUCAAUUCCUCUCCCCACCUUUUAUUUCCUUUUAUAUUUUUUUUUACCUUCCUUAUAGCAAUGCCCAUCAGGAAGGCUGAGCUAGGUAGCCUACUUAUUAUUAUUAUUAUUAUUAGCCCAGAACAAUUCUCUCCUUUUCCUUUUUAUAUUUUUUAUUUUCCUUCUUUCUCCCUUUUACAAGUACUCUGCUGCUUCUUUCUCCUAUUCUACAAGUACUCUGCUCCUUCUUUCUCCUAUGUUCCAAGUACUCCACUCCCUGCUAUCGUGUAUCCCCCAACCUACUCCAACUCCUCCCCUUCCUCUACCCGCGUGUUUACACUCGUUCACGAGCACACGCAUUCGUACGUGCAUACGCCCGUUAUCUUGAUACUUUACACAGUAUCGAACACCGAAACUUGCUGUCUGAGUUUUAUACAGACCCUGCUCACAGAUGCUACGUCCUUGAUAGGAAUAGCAUUAUACGGUGCUGUGGGGGGUAUAUACUUGAUACCCUAAGCCUCUUAUCCUGUUAAUAGAGUGAUCUCCAUUUAUAGCCAUACUAGUUAAUAUAUAUAUUUUUUGCCACACAGUAUUUGUUUGCCUUCUUUGAAGUAUUAUACAUAUCUAAGUCAUUGGAAGCUUUGCAUUCUACAUAAUUAUACUUCGGCAUUUUUGUGGCUUUUUACAACCUAGUCUACCUAGCUUUUAAAUGUAUAUUACCACUUGGUUUUCACUACAUAUUUUUCUUACAUUUAGGAGGUUUCACAUGUAGUUAGUUUGUGUAUAUUUGUAUUUGGCUAAAUAAAGGUUGUACCAUACAUCCGAAUGUUGUACUUUUAAGAGAUAUCACAUGGUGGAGUGGACAUCCACCCGCGUAUGGCGGAGAGGGUGGCCACCCACUUUAUCCUUUCUUCUUUUUUUUGUAUUACGUUAUUUGGGGUUCAUGCCCUUGGAUAUCUCGGUAACUCUCUAGGGAAACCAGUGGUGUCUCCGUACAACACUGUUAUCUCCUUUCUCUUGUCUUAUAUAUACAGACUUAUUUGGGAAGUCGAUAUUGUUUUGUUUAUGACUUUUGUUUCUUUUUUUUUUAAUCUGGGUGCAAGAUUUUUUCAUUGGAGCCACUACAGAAAUGUAGUGCACACUGCACACACACACAUAAGGACAUAAAUACACACACAUACAUACAUAAACAGACAGACACAUACAUAUAUACGGACAUACAUACACACACAUAUAGACAUACGCAUACUGACACACAGACAGACACAUACACACAGACAUACACACACAUACAUAGCUAAUUUCGCUUACCUUUUUUUGCAGGAGGGUGGCUGUGGCUGAUGGGAGCAGGCGUGGCUCCCGUGGCCUGGCUCUCUUCCCUCCCACGAGGAGGGAGCUGGAAGGAAGUGACCAGCGGCUGUCAUUUCCUCCCAUCAGUACUUGCUGCUGCAAUUUUUUUAAAGGGGCCCGGUCGCACUAUUGCAUUUCCGCAGCGCUGACCGGGCCCCUGAAGAUAUAGGGCCAUCGGGUGGCCCUGAGUACUUGAGCCAGGUUCAGGACCCUGGCGGGCCGGAUGCAGCCCAUAGUUUGAGGACUCCUGUUAUAGACCAUCAUAUUACCCUGUAAAGAUAUGAACAAAUGUGUUUGGUUUGUUCAAAACGAUUAAUUACUUACUGAAAUUAAUUGUGGGUGCCAUUAUUCCAAAUUAUACCAAAUUAGGGUACUAUUUAGCAGAUUGCUCCCUAGUUUGGUAUCCUUAAAAUUGUAAUCCCACAUAAAGGUACCAGACCAGGGAGCAAUCUAUGAAACAGCUACCCGAAAGAUCAAAAUUAAAAAGGGGCUUUUUUCUGAUUUUGAUCUUUCAGCUGUUUAGUAGAGAGUUUCUUCAUUUGGCCAAUGAAAUGGAGUAGGUUAGUCUAUAAUAUGGCCACAUCAGCCUGCUGUGAAUGUGCACCAGGCAAACCAGACAUUGUGCUACCCUAGAGCCGAUCUUGGGCGGGUGCACAGUGCCCAGUCGCUUUGAUAGAGGUGCAUCGUGAUGCUAGGCCACGCCACUUUGCUUUAAGACCCAAUUACUUACUGAAGCAUAGUGGGGGGCAAAAGAAGGACACAAGAGGGUAGGUGAGCAAAAGAAUGGCACAAAAGAAGUGCACAGGAGGGUAAUGAGGGCACAGGAAUGGAGGGGGCAAAAGAAGGGCACAUAAGGUGGGGGGGGGGAAGAGGGCACAGCAGGGGAAGGGAGCUAAAGAAGGGCAUAGAAGAUGAGGGGGCAAAAGAGCACAGGAGUUGAAGGCACAGAAGAAGUACACAGGAGGAAAGGGGGGCUAAAGAAGGGCAUAGAAGAUGAGGGGGCAAAAGAGCACAGGAGUUGAAGGCACAGAAGAAGUACACAGGAGGAAAGGGGGGCUAAAGAAGGGCACAGGAGGGAAAGAGGGACAAAAAGAGGGCACUGGAAGAAGGGGGGCUAGAGAAUGGCACGAGGGGAGGGGGCAGAAGAAAAAGGCAGGAGGGGAGCAGGGCAAAAGAAGGGCACAGGAGGUGGGAGCCCUAAGAGACUCAAUGGGGCUUGGUAAAAAAGACACACAAAGUUUGGGGGGCACAGAGAGACACACAGAGGGCUUGGGGGCACAGGGAGACACACAGAGGGGCUGUGGGGGGGGACAAAGAUACACACUGAGGGGCUAGUUGGACAAAGCGACAUACAGAGGUGCUGCGGGGCAAAAAGACACACACAACGGCUGGUGGGACAAAUUAGAACACAGAUGCACUAGGGGGAGCAAAGAUACACACAGAGGGGCUGGGGAAGGGAAAAAAGACACACACAAAGGCGUUGAGAGAAACAGAUGCACAAAGGGUCAGGAAAAAGAAAGAGAAACACAGUGGGCUGGGAGGACAAAGAGGCACACAGAAGGGCUGGAGGGGUGAACAGACACACAGAAGGGCUGGGGGGAAGAGACAGUCCAAGGGGAAAAGGAGACCCACAAAUGGAUUGGGGGUAGAAACAGAUGCCUGCUGGAGGAAGUAGCAGCCACAGGAGCCAGCCAACCAGCCUCUGCAGCAGCCAGCCAGCAACAUCAAUUAAGGUGAGAAGAGACAACUUGAGCUGGGUAUCAGAGAGCGAUGUUAUAUCACUCUAUUGUAAUUGGGGCCAGAGUGGAAAAAGGUGAGUAAGAACACCAGACCAGCACACCCCAGACAGACACUCACACCCCCCUCCCCCCCGAGACAGAGAGACACUCACACACCCCCCCAGACUGACACACCACACCCACCCAGACAGACACUCACACCACCCCCAGGCAGACAGACAGACACUCACACCACCGCCCAGGCAGACACAGACACACUCUAACACAGUCACAGACAAAUACACACUGACACACACUCUAACAGUCACAAAGUAUUAUUUGAUACAAAUGGAUACACACACACACACACACACACAAAGAUUCGUAGAUACACACAGACAAACAGGCAUAACAGAUAUACACACACUAAUAAAAAAAAAAAAAUUAGUCACCCUCCUGUUUCCUACCUUAUGGGCUCAGGGGGGUGGCUUCCCUGGGGUCCAGUGGGACUGGGCAGGAGCAAAUGACAAUAGGUUAGUGGGGGCUGGCUGCGGCUGAUGGGAGCAGCUGCCGCUGUUCCAGACUCCCCCCUCCUCCGGCCUCCUCAGCCCCGUGCAGAUCUUUGUGCACCAGGAGGAAGUGAAGGGAACUGUGAUAACUUCCUCCCGGCGCGCAGGGGAAAGGGCGGAGUGGCUCUGCUUAAAGGGGCGGAGUGGAGGGUCGGCUCUGAGGAGAGCGGCAGGGCUGGCUCUGUGAGAUGCGGGUGACCGGACAUAACGCUGGCUCUGAGGACAGUGGCCAGACCAGCUUUGCGCAAUGUGGGUGGGCGGGCUCAGUUGAGCUCCGGCGGGCGGCAAGCUGGUCGUCUUUAAAUGCUGUCCUUCAAGCUUAGAAUUCCCAUGCAGGAGGAGGGAGGAAACGGGCCGACCAAUUCCAGACGCCAAGGGAAAAUUCUUACUCGCCAUUGCGACCUGGCGCCUGGGAUUUGUCGAGCCCAUAUAAAUAUAAAUAUAUAUAUAUAUAUAUAUAUAUAUAUACAAAAAUAUAGGGUACAGGAGGCAAGCACUCACGGUCUUUUCUGGUCUCUUUAAAAGGUUGUUCUUUGUUUCAUAGGUUAAAACUUGAUUUGAUCGACGUUUCAGCCAAACUUCAUGGCUUUCAUCAGGAUCUGAGCUGUUAAGAUCCUGAUGAAAGCCAUGAAGUUUGGCUGAAACGUCGAUCAAAUCAAGUUUUAACCUAUGAAACAAAGAACAACCUUUUAAAGAGACCAGAAAAGACCGUGAGUGCUUGCCUCCUGUACCCUAUAUUUUUGUAUAUUUUUGGCAUUUGGCUUGACAGCACCAGGCAUAAUAUCAUUGGAGUGUGUGUGCAAGGAUACAAUAGUAUUUUGGAUUUUAUAUAUAUAUACAUAUAACAUAGCAACACCCCGAGGGUAGAAUAAAGCCAAAAGUGGAAGAAAAUUGUGAAAUAAGUCACACAGUGACAUUUAGAAAAAUAAACAUACUGCUCAAAUACACCAAUGCAAUAACACACAGUAAUGUCAAGUGAAGUACACUUUUACAUACAUACAAUACAUCCCUGCAAUACAAAUACAUUGACUCUCUGCAAAAUACACCAGCUUAUACACAGUUCAUACAAAAACAUUACUAGCUGACAAGCUACACGAGGACAAGAUGGCACUGGUAAUUUGUUUGGAAAAAGAAAAUGGCACUCAUGAGCAAUUUUGGGAUAAUGAUGGCACUGAUAAGCUAUUUGGACACAAAAAUGUCAUUAAUAAGAUGGGGUCAAAGAUAUUUUGAGACAAAGAUGGCACUGAUUAGCUAUACUGGGACAGAGAUGACACUUGAAGUGGAAAUCAAUUCAAUUAAUUGAUUAGUCUCUGUGUAUCUGCCCCUGGCCAAAUUAAGAAGUAAUGUGUGCACGCUCCCUGAAGUAAUUCACACCAGACACAGGUUCCAGGUUGUUGAAUAACUUGAGGAAAGUUUAUUCAGAGGGGACGGCAGGUCCCUUUUAAAGCAAGAUUUACAUCAUAAGCAUUGUCAGAGAUAACAUGAAAUACUUUAUUAAUUGGUUAGGUGUUAAGUGGUUUCCUUAACCCUCUGCCUACUAAGGGUGAUGUCACUGAGACCAUGAGGGUCUCCCCCAGAUUCCAGCGCCAUCUUGAUGCACGAGGUAGUUAGUCUGUGUUAUAGGGAGGGAGGGGUUAGAAGCUUCUAGUGGCCAUUUUGUCUAAAUAUGUGUUAAUAGCUUAUGCACUGAUUUCAGUUAAACGAGUAAAUAGGCAUUUUACUAACUAAAGAAUAUGUAAAUAUCUCAUUUCCACAACAGCACUGUUUAGUUAUAUUGGGACAGAGAGAUGGCACUUAGCUAUUCUGAGACAAAUGUCACUGGGAAGCUGUAUAGGGACAGAGACAGCACUGAGAAGAUGGGCACAAAUAUAUUUUUGGAGGCAAAGCUGGUACUAUAGAAAGUGGGUGACAUGUGACAUGGUGAAGUUGGGGGCCCAAAGAGGUGGAGUGGUUUCUAAAGAAAAUGGCUGUGGUUAAAAGUGUUAUGUUUGUGUAGGGGAGAAGCUAACAAAAUAGCCACAAAAAUAUUCUUGCACCCAGGCGUCAGUGACCCCAGGAUCGGCCCUGUGCUAGCCAGCCCCACUGAGGAUGACAUAUGUAGUAAAGCACUGUUCAUGCGCUAAUUGCCCACAGUGGAGUUUGCACAGUGUAAGCUUGUCUAAUGACAUGCUAUACUUGGUAUAUUUGUUCCCCAGAUAAGGAAUGGUGGGACAGGACCACAAUUUUGGUUGUGUACUGUUGUACUCUUGAAUGUACUGUUAAAUAAGGGACUGAUGGGAGACUUGGGUUACCUUUUUUUAAUUAUAUUUCUUUCAGGGGAAGAUGGAAAAAUAAAAAAGAAUAUCUCCUACUACAUGAAUGAUGGAAUAUUUGUAUCCUUCUUGGAAAGCAUUUUGCAUAAAAUUCCAAUUGAUCCUACUUCAUUUCUGCACCUGGAAGAGAAACUAUAUGGAGUAUGA